CACUCAUGAGUGCCGACACAGCCAACAGGAUGGAUCUGGACCCUGAUUAUAAUGCUGAACUGGCUGACAUGGUAGCAGCCAUGAAUGUGUCUGCCAACAGACUGACCCCUCCAAAUGGUCAGAGGACCACCCCACAUCGCCUCAAUCUCUCUGAUCGCAAGAUGUCACUCCAAGAGAGAUCAAGUUCCGUGAAUGGCUUCACCCCAAGAAUAGCCAGAAGACCCACUAUUGAAUCGAAGCGGGUGUCUAUCUCUGAUGGUGAUGACUGUGUCCAGCUAAACCAGUACAAGUUAAAGAGUGAAAUAGGAAAGGGUUCAUAUGGGGUGGUCAAAUUAGCACAUAAUGAAGAUGAUGACCAGUAUUAUGCUAUGAAGUUGGUAUCCAAAAAGAAGUUAAUAAAGCAGUUUGGAUUCCCACGUCGACAUCCUUCCAGAGACUCCAAUGGAUCACAAGAGAAUCUUUUAAAGCAUUCUGGCCUGUUGGACCGAGUAUAUCAAGAAGUUGCUAUUUUGAAGAAACUUGACCAUCUUAAUGUUGUCAAAUUAGUUGAGGUUCUUGAUGACCCAGCUGAGGAUAACUUGCACAUGGUCUUCGAGUUGGUACCUAAAGGUCCAGUGAUGGAGGUCCCUACAGACAGUCCACUAACAGAAGAAAUGGCUCAUUUCUACUUCAGAGAUGUCAUCUUAGGAAUUGAAUACUUGCACUAUCAGAAAAUCAUACAUAGAGACAUCAAACCCUCAAAUCUGUUGCUGGGGGAUGAUGGGCACAUCAAGAUAGCAGAUUUUGGUGUCAGUAAUGUGUUUGAGGGGAAUGAUGCUCUCCUGUCAAACAGUGCAGGAACACCAGCUUUCAUGGCGCCUGAAACUCUGACCGAUCAGGACCUGAGAUUCAGUGGAAAGGCUCUAGAUAUAUGGGCAAUGGGAGUGACGCUAUAUUGUUUCGUCUUUGGAAAGUGUCCUUUCCAUGAUGAAUACAUCUUAGGCCUGCAUGAUAAGAUCAGGACUAUGGCAGUGGAGUUCCCAGACAAGCCUGUGAUCAGUGAGGGGCUGAAGGAGCUCAUUACCAGAAUGCUGGACAAAGUCCCUGAAACUAGAAUCACAUUACCAGAAAUAAAGUUGCACACAUGGGUGACGGUGGAUGGCACGGAUCCCCUUCCCCUGGAGGAGGAGCACUGCACAGUGGUGGAGGUCACUGAGGAGGAGGUGCAGAACUCUGUCAAACUAGUUCCCAGCCUGUCUGCUGUGAUCCUGGUGAAAUCCAUGCUGCGGAAGCGCUCCUUCAGUAACCCCUUUGAGUGUCCAAGCCGCAGGCAGGGCAGGUCCAUGUCUGCCCCUGGAGGUCUGACCUUGGAUAUGUCACUGUUUCGCCCUUUAAGUAGAGGGAGUAACAGUAAUGGGAGCAGAGAGGGGGAGCUGGAAAACCUGAUUGAGGAUGAAACUUAUUCAUGAAUUUGCUCAAGUCGUUUUUCAGAUUGGUCCAGUUGUGUGAUUAGACUAUUUUGUUCCCAUCUGCAUUAGAUUUUUUUUUUUUUUUUUUUUAUAAAACAAAGUCCUAUAUACUGGAGACAGCAUGAUGGAUAUGUUUUGAGGUACCUUUAAAAUGUAUGCUGAAUCUGGUAAUAAGUACUUUAUAUUAGAGUAAUAUUUGUGUUUCAUUGCAUUUAAGUGCCAAAUUUAAAGAAAUUGAUUUAAAUGCAUAUUUAAAAAGAUAUCGGUGCAUUUGAUAUUAGCAAAUAAUAUGGCAGCAACAGUGAUGACUUUUCUGUGAAGUGGAAAUCAGCAAAACUUUGCAUGAGAUGUACAGAAGUCUAUGUGUUAUAUAAAAGGUCUUAUGCUGUUUUAUUGUCUUUUUGAGGUCUUUCAGUUGUACUGUGUAUCUGGUCUGUGGUAUCACAGAAUGGUCUGUAGUUUGUGUAGCUGGAAUUUUAAAAAACUUUAUUUUG